GAGUGCAGCCCGAGGUGAGAAAGGAGACACAUUCUCAUUUGUAGGAGUGGAAAGGGGGCGAUCAGGGGCUUUUUUUUGCGUUUAUGGGGAACCGCCCUGGGCUGCUUUUUGCGGGGCCGUCUGGACAAGGUGAGUCUCGGGGACCCGCCCGGCACCACCCGUCCGUAAACGGCAACGCCACCUGGUGGUCGUGGUGCCGCAGUGCAGGUGUUCUCGGCCUGGAGUGGGGCGCUGUGCCAGCCGUGUUGAACCUGGGGACACUGAAUACGCCGGGAAAACCUUAAACCGAGUUUACCCGAGAGGGCUGGCGAGAGGAGCCCCAGCCUGAAAAAUGAUCCCUAAGGGUCCAGGAAGGGCCUUGGGGAGGGGCCUGACCAGGACGGCCCGACUUCCGUGACACAGCAAACACAGAAAGACAAAGUCCAUUUGGAUGGAAGUGGGAGCGGAAUGAGAGGGGCCAUUUUGACUCUGUGGUCAAAGAAAAUGACUGAUCUGAUGAGGUCUGGGAGCCGAGGUCCCCAGGUACGGAUGCUCACACUGGGACUAGCGGGGUCUAAGGAUAACUCUGGGGCCGUGAUUCUCACAGAGGAUCCCAGAUUUCUGCAUUCUGAGUAAUGUCAGGUGCCACUGGACUUGUUCUGAGACCCUUUCCCUAGAGGAUGGCCAAGGGGCUCUUGAUGACCUAUGUCCUCUGGGCUGUAGGGGGCCCUGUUGGGCUCCACCACCUGUACCUGGGGCGGGACAGCCAUGCAUUGCUCUGGAUGCUUACCCUGGGGGGUGGUGGGCUAGGCUGGCUCUGGGAGUUCUGGAAGCUCCCAAGUUUUGUUGCUCAGGCCAACAGAGCCCAGGGGCAGAGGCAGAGCUCAGGAGGGGGGACACCCCCUCUGAGUCCCAUUCGCUUUGCUGCCCAGAUGAUUGUGGGCAUCUAUUUUGGCCUUGUGGCUCUCAUUAGCCUUUCUUUCAUGGCCAGCUUCUAUAUUGUGGGCCUCCCACUGGCAGUUGGCUUAGGGGUCUUGCUGGUGGCUGCUGUUGGCAACCAGACCUCAGACUUUAAGAACACUCUAGGGGUGGCAUUUCUUACUUCCCCUAUCUUCUAUGGCCGCCCCAUAGCCAUCCUGCCCAUCAGCUUGGCUGCCAGCAUCACAGCCCAGAAGCAUCGCCGAUACAAAUCUUCACUUGGGUCAGAGACGCUCAGUGUGCGGCUCUACCGCCUGGGCUUGGCUUACCUUGCUUUCACAGGCCCGCUAGCAUACAGCGCCCUCUACAACACAGCUGCCACCCUCAGCUAUGUGGCGGAGACCCUAGGCUCCUUCUUGAGUUGGUUCAGCUUCUUCCCCCUCUUUGGCCGCCUGAUGGAGUCUGUCUUCCUUCUGCCUUACCGAGUCUGGAGGCUGCUGAUGGGAGGCCAUGGCUUCAGCAGCAGCUACUUCCAGGAGUGGAAGAAGCUGUACGAGUUUGUUCACAGUUUUCAGGAUGAGAAGUGUCAGCUGGCUCGCCAGGUUUUGGGUGUCUCAGAGGGGGCAACAAAUGAACAAAUACAUCGCAGAUACCGAGAGCUAGUGAAGAUCUGGCACCCUGACCACAACCGGCACCAGACAGAGGAAGCUCAGAGGCACUUCCUGGAGAUCCAGGCUGCGUAUGAAGCCCUGAAUCAGCUCAAGAAGCCCAGGGGUUCCUAAAGGAGAGCUUUCUAGGAGCUACACUUUUCCCAAGAAGAAAGAAGCUGCUGUGGAUUAGCGACAGUCCCCUCAUCAUAGACUCUUCUGCGUGAAGGGGUAUUGUGGAAUGCCCUCAAAACCUACAUGGGUGCUGGACUGACUGAAUUCUCAGGUCUUCCCAAACCUUGGGAUUUAAUUCUGAGCUACACAUCCUGCUCCCUCUUUGCUUACAGUCCAGUGGGGGAACACAGGUACCAAGUCCACCUCACUCAGUGUUUUGAACUGCGUUCUAAGUGGUGUAACUAGGAUGCAUUAGAAUGUUGCAGAAGAGACAGACGACAUUGUUUUAUAGAAACUCAUGGGAAAAUUCAUGAUUUUAUAUCUCAUACGCCCUUAUGAGGACUUUGGGGAAACCCUAGGGAACCAAUAGCUUGAACAUCUCAAGGGGGCCUUAUUUAAUUCCCAAAUGUGGAAGAACUAGCCCAGGAUGCUUCAGUUUGCAGAGGAAGACUGGAGACCAGGAACAUGAUGUUAGAAUUAUGUACCUUUACUCCAGCUUUCAUUCUCUUCUUUAUUUGUGGGUGUGUCCCUUACACUUUUUUUUUUCUGGAAGUUAACUCUGAGUGGUAUAUAUAUUUUAAACAAGUAGGAUUAUUUUGGCUAGUGUUCCCUACUAAUUAAAAAAAUGGUCUGAUCAGUUGAUAGGAAUGAAAUUUGUAGAUGUUUUUUCUUUGCAUCCAUAUAUUAAAAAAAUUGUCAAUGAAUUUAUGUACCUUGAUUUCAAGACCAAAUUAACUUUCUCACCUUUCUAAAGUUGACAGAAAUUGAUAUACAUUGCCUUUGAAAAGCAUUUAUAAUUUGUCAGAUUAUAAUGUGGAAUUUUAAUGAGAUAUUUUCAUAGCUAUUAAUUAAUAACUUGUUAAUAUGACAUGUAGUAGUACAUCUGCAAAAUGUAAAUAUAGUAAAUAACAGUCUAUAAGGAAAAAGAGACAAAAAGUGAUUGGGGUUUUACUUGAUUUGGAAAAUUAUUUUACUGUUCUCAAAUUUUCUUAGGAGUUUUUGUACAAAAUAUGCAAUAUUUUAGUUUGUUCAAAUGGGAACUGUUGAUGAGCAGCCUCUAUUUUUCCAAUAUGAGCCAUGCUACAAUAAAUACCUUUAAAUAUAUGUGCUGGUGUUUUUUAAUUUUUUUGAUGCUAGAUUCCAAUAAAUCAUAAUGUCAGCUCAAACAGAAUGUAUGUUUUAAAUUUUUAUUGAUAUUGUAUCAGGGUACUUUUUGAGAAGAUUAUAACAUUCUACACUUCCACCAGCAGUACAAGUGGCCCUUUCUUUGUAACUGGUAUAGACUGUUAUCACUCUUUUAAAUUUUUCCCACAGUGAUGGGUAAGAAAAAGUACCUGAUGACUCAUAGACACAGAAUACCAACUUGUGGUUGCCCGGGGGAGGGGGCUGGGAACGGACAG